GACGCAAAUGACGUAAUCCUGGUAGCUGAGAAUGUCAGCUGGUUUGCAGUAUGGAGUGAAAACGAAUGCAGAGGAGCUACAGAGUUACUUGAAAGACCUAAAUCGAUGGACUGAAAAUAUCAAACAAGAGGACGACCGUCUGCGAAGCCAAAAAUCCUCAUCAAAUCAAACAUUUCCAGCUGUUCGCGGUGUUGCAACUCAAAAGAGCAAGCGACAGGAAGUGAGGAAUAAAAAAAUACAAGGUAGUGGAACACGAAAGAUUCUGGAGGGUGAUGAUGUUCAAAAAGAGGAAACUGUUCGUAUAAGUUCUUAUGACUAUAGAUCAUGGGACAAGUUUGAUGUGGAUGCUGCUUUAGCUGCUGUUGACGAGACUGCAAACAACGAGAGUGAUGUAGCUUCACUGGACGAAACAGAAGAAUCUGAAGAUGUGCAGAGCUCUGAUGAAGAUGAACAGUUUAAUGAGAGACAGCUUCAGUUGUCUCUUAUAGAGAAGGACAGGGGUAAUGAGUUUUUCAGAGAGAGUCGUUAUAAUGAAGCUAUUCAGUGUUACACAAGAGGAAUAGAAGCUGAUCCAAACAGUGCACUUCUUCUUGGAAACAGGGCUAUGGCGUUGCUCAAACAAGAAAAAUAUGCUGCGUGUGAGGCAGAUUGUGAUCGAGCAAUUGAAUUGGAUCCAAUGUAUGUGAAAGGAUAUGCUCGAAGGGGUAUGGCUCGAUUUGCUUUAGGAAAAUUAGACGAUAGUCGAAAAGACUUUUUAGACGUUUUGAGAUUAGAACCUAAGAAUAAACAAGCAACUGAACAAUUAGUUAUGGUUGAGAAGAAACUUGGAGUUUACAAAGAGCCACGUGCUGUUAUGUCAGCUGUUAAACGACCUUUGCAUCUCAGAUCAAAGAAACCUCGGAGGAGAAUAUCAGUGGAAGACAUUGAAACCGAGAGUGAGGAUGAAGAAGAAGUAAAAGAAGAAGAACAGAACACUAAAGUGCAAGUUGAAUGCAUUGCAUCUGAGGAAACAAUCAGUAUAGAUUUAAGCCAUGGAUGCAACGUAGAGACAGAGAAGUCACAGCCAGCAGCAAAUGCAAAUCAGAGAAUAGAAGAAGUAUUGGAGAAGAAUCUUGAGCAGAAACAGAAUGAGCAAAGCAGCAGGACUAAUUACAACCAAACCAGCAGUAAUGUAAACGACUUGUUACCAGAUGAUGCCAAAGAGAAUGCAGUGACUUUACCACGUGUAAGUAUUCCGUUGCUUAAAGAGACUGCGAAACAAGUCAGCUUUGAAAUCCCUAAAACUGCGUAUCAGUUUGAAACUGUGUGGAAACAAGUGAGAAAUAAUCCAUCUCUUUUGUACAGUUAUUUAAAGAUGAUUCCUCCUUACAGCUACCCUAAGUUGUUUCAGCAGUCACUUGAAGAUAUUUUGGAGAGACUUCUGACUUGCUUGCACGACUUUUAUGUUCCAAACGAGGAAUGUGUCGUAGAGCAGCUGCAGUGUUUGACAAAGGUUAAACGGUUUAGUGUGGUUGCCAUGUUUCUUUCUACUAAAGAGAAGGAAGUUGUUCGUAAUUUGCUGGAUUAUGUGAGGAGAAUGGGGACAUCAAGUGAGAUUGUUGACAAGCUGAGUAAGGAAUAUGGCUUGUGAUGAAACCAGUAGUUGUUGAUUUACUGCAUGAUUAUAAAUAGGAAAUGUGAUUGGUGGUAUUUUGUAGUUGCCAAACAAGAUUGCAUGAGUGCAUUGUG